AUCAGUACUUCCUUCUCAAAGUGGAGCUUGGGAACUUAUAGCUGAUACACGCACACACACUCACACUCUACACCUUGCACGGAGCAGCGGGAUGUCGAGGCGCCCGAGACACAGUGUUUACAGCAGCGAUGAAGAUGAGGAAGAUGUGGAGAUUUAUGAUCAUGAUUAUGAUGCCCCGUUAGCCAAAACAGGAAAACGGCACCUUGGCAAAACACGCUGGACGCGUGAAGAGGAUGAGAAGCUGAAGCGACUGGUGGAACACCAUGGUUCAGAAGACUGGAAAGUCAUUGCCAGCUUCCUGCCUAACCGUACAGAUGUUCAGUGUCAGCACCGCUGGCAGAAGGUCCUCAACCCUGAGCUUAUUAAAGGACCCUGGACCAAAGAGGAGGACCAAAGGGUCAUUGAGCUGGUGCAGAAAUAUGGCCCCAAGCGAUGGUCAGUGAUAGCGAAGCACUUAAAGGGCCGUAUAGGGAAGCAGUGUCGUGAGCGCUGGCACAACCACCUGAACCCCGAGGUAAAGAAGACGUCCUGGACAGAGGAGGAAGACCGCAUCAUCUACCAGGCCCACGAGAAGCUCGGCAACCGCUGGGCGGAAAUCGCCAAACUGCUGCCGGGCAGAACUGAUAAUGCCAUAAAGAACCACUGGAACUCUACCAUGCGGCGUAAAGUGGAACAGGAGGGCUAUCUGCAGCACACUGCUAAAGUGAGCCCCACUCCAAUAACCAGCACCUACACGAAACCCCCCCACCUGCUCAACUACAGCCACACUCCAACCAGCAGCUCCAUGGCAACCAGCCCCAUCACUAGCCAGUACCCCUACUACAUAUCUGACCCACAAAGGGUACCGUUUCCAUUGGCUCUUCAGCUGAACAUUUUUAACAUCCCUCAGCAUGGCACUGCAGCUAUACAGAAACACUAUAAUGAAGAGGACCCAGAGAAAGAGAAGAGGGUAAAGGAGAUUGAGAUGCUUCUGAUGUCAACAGAGAAUGAGCUGAAGGGACAACAAGCACUACCCAUCUCCAUGGCCAGUUACGGGUGGGGUCGGGGCUCUUUGACUGACACCUCCAUGGGUGUGGCCGUGUCGGUGCCAGCUCCCCCCCUGGAGCAGGGCUGUCUUCCUGAGGAGAGUGCUCAUGGCAACACGAACAGCCCAAACAGCAGCAGCUUGAGCAGCAGCAGUAGUAGCAGCAGCAAUGCAGGUAGCAGCGUGGUCCUGGCAGCCUUACCGGAGUUCAUGGAUGCCAUCGACUCAUUCUUAAAUGCUUCAGUGAGCCCAGAUUCGGAUAGCCAGAGUCUACCUGUUUCGCCCACAUCAGUGUGCUCCCAGAAACCUCUGCAGCAUGACCUUACUCUCCGCCCCCAGAAAGAGAAUGACAUGUUCAGGACACCAACUCUGAGGCGCUCCAUCAUGGAGUGUUCUCCUCGCACUCCUACCCCAUUCAAAACAGCACUGACCAUGCAGGACACGAAAUAUGGACCACUGAAGAGGUCCCAUAGUCCUACUGUGGAGGCAGUGGUUGGUGGCAUUAAGCAGGAGCCUCAGGAGUGUGAAGUGAGCGUUGGGGGCGCGCACCUUGAUCAGGCCCCCCUAAAGAAGAUCAAACAAGAGGCGGAGCCAACAUGCCUUCAAUGGGAGGGGCAAAAUCUCCAUACCCAGCUAUUCCCUUCAAGUGGCCCUGCCCACGAUAUGCCUGAUCUGUUGACCAGCUCUGUCCUGAUGCUGCCUGGGGCAGAGAAGAGUGAGGAUGGUCAUAAAGCUCCACAGAUGCCCCGCAGAACCCUGGGCAGCCCACUGCAGCAUUUGAGCACAUGGGAGCAGGUGCUUUGUGGGAAAUCAGAGGAGCAGCUCCUGCCUUCUGAGCCAACACACAAAUACCUCAACAGCUUUUCCUCCCGCACACUCGUCAUGUAGAGGACAGCAGGAGAGAGAGGGAGAGUGAGAGAGAGAGAAGACAAUCAUCUUGAAAAGAAAAGGAAAGAGAAAACACUCUGUGGCCACUCCUAAGGUGGGGUCAGGUCACUGUGGUACACAAUUUGGGAGAGGCGUAAAGCCAUUCAUUUGACCGCACGGCCAUCAAUUAAGCUGUGCUCUUACCAGUUGGAUUUUCGACCAACCAAAGAAAUAUUGGGUUUUUUCUACUUUUUUGACCUUUUUUAAUAAUAUUAUAUUAUAUAUUUUGUAUUAUAAAUGGGGAAAUGAACUGUCUAUGAGGGCUGUAAUUGUAUGGAUUUUAAUAUAAAGAACAAUUUGUAAUAAUUUAUUAUUUUGUAUUAAAAAUAAUUAACUAUGACGGGCGCAUUUGCCAGUGUUGGACCCCAGUAUUCGUGCCCCCUUCUCAUGUCUAGAUUACUGAUUGUGUGUUAACAGUAAGGAGUGUGCAUCCUGCAAGCAUUAUCAUGAUUUGAUACCCUGUAGCCCAACAGUGCUGCCUCAGAGAACACAGAACCAUGUUUAAGCUGGCAGUGUACUUCAAACAAAAGUGAUGUUUUUAGGUCUCAAAUGUGAAAUCAACAUUAUACUGAUGACGAUACAAUGACAGAUAAUUCAUUUACAUCCUCAGAAAAACGUCCUUCACCUAGUUUUGACUGGGUUCUCAUUAAAUACUCUUUUAAAGCACUUGCAAACAUCAGAUUCAUCCCCUCAGGCAAAGGGUCCGAAGCAUAGCCAAUGUCACAAAAUUUUCCUCCGCACGUCGCAUGCAAUCACGCACUUCCAUUCCAUAGUGUAGCUUUAAGUAUACAACUGCAUGUUCAUCGUUUGAAGUGUGCUGCCAGCUUUAGAAUGCGCUACACAAGGCUUUUAUUAUGCCAAUGUAUUCCUGACCAAACCAAGCACAUACGAGUGCCUCCUAGUUCACCUUGCCAAGUUUAGAAAUAAACCUGAACUGUCACGUGGUUCAGCAAACUCACAGACACCCAGCAUUUCAUUUAGUGUUACCAUUUCAAAGCAGUAAAGCAGUCAAAGCCCAGGACCGAAACUGCCUCCUAUUAGCACUGUGUCAAACCUGACAACAAAGCUACGAGAUUUUAGCUGAACAAAAUAAAAGUGUUGGUUUAAGAUUUGUUACCAAGCUAGCAAAGGAAAGCAAAGUUUACCAAGCAUGUUUUCAAAUCAAAGGCCUAAGUGACAAAAAAAAGGAGCUUUUGAUCUGAUGAGACAUUUCUUAACGCCUAAUUUCAUAACACUGUUUUGUUUUUGUUUUCGUUUGUUUUUGUUGUUUGUUUUAUAAUCAAGAGUGUCAAUGGUAUUACUAGUUCUAAAAACACUGAAAUUACUGCUUUUAUAACUAGUCGGCUUGUUUUUGAUAUUUCAAUGUACUUUUGAUACCAAGACUGUUGUGGCCAAUCAAAAACAUUUUAGCAGUAACGUUUUGGUUAUUUGCUGCCUUUUUUGUAUUAGCUUAAAGUACAAACACUUUUUUAUACACGUCAAACUUUUCUACACAUUUUUGAUACGAUUUUUUUAAACUGCCAUGUGAAUAAAGUGUGUUUU